CUAGUAAGGUAGCUGCGAAUGCUACAAUAUCAUUUAAAAAAAAUUACAUAUCUAUAAAUUAGCCUCUAAAAAUAUUAGCCAAAAAUAACUUGAAAUAACCGAAUUUUUGACCAAAAAAUCCGUGAUAUGAAUUGGUAAAAAUCACGCAUUCUGCAUGCUCUUUCAUCAUGAUUCUAACCUGAAUAGUCGUCGAAUAGUCGUCGAAUAGUCGACUCUAACGAUUAAUAUCAGUUUAAAAUUAAUAUCUUGUUUGCGGUUCGCGGGACGAAGUGGAAGUUUUUUCCAGUUUUUUUCGUUUUUGUUUGAAGCAAAAACGCGCUGAAUGAGGCUAAUUUUAUUAAUGCUGGUCAUCAAGAAGUUCAACUGAAUAAUUACUCUGAAUUGUAUCUACGAAAAUAGCCGAAUUCGCCUGUAAUUCUCAUCGCGAAAUAAUUCAUGGAAUUUAUAUCUUCAUUAAAAUUCAAUUGUCAAAAGUGUUAAAACGCUCAUUGUUUUUUAUGACAUAACUUUUAAUUAAGAACGAUAUGGAGGAAAAGACGAGCCCUUUCAAAGAAAUUGGCUCCAACGAUGUUGACACAGAGUCAAAAGCAAUGCUAAAGAGAAAAUUACAAAUGAAAUCAGAAGCGCUCAUGUUGUUAAGCAAGGAAAUGGAUCAGAGUAGGAUAGAACGAGAUCAAUUCAAACUGAUGGCUGAACAAAUUCAGGAACGAUUUCUACAUUUGAAGAAACAGAUGUGUGAUAUGAAAGAACUGAAUAGUUUCGACGACGAUUUUAGAACCUUGGAUUUAUUAACAGAAGCACGUGAACAAAAUAAGUGCCUUAGGUUACAAGUUGAAACAUUAAGGCAGAAACUAACAGAUGCUGAAGGUGAUAUUAAAGUGUUACGUACAAAUAAUAAUCGUAUACCAAUUGAACAGCAGGAAACUCAAUUAGCACCAGCUAUGCAUCAAAGAGAAGAGAUGAUAGAGCAAUUAGAGAAAUUAAAUUUAAAGUGUUCACAGUUGCAAACAGAUCUACAAACAGUAUUGGAUGAGAAACAUGAGCUGAAGAUUGAAAGGGAUGCUUUCAAAUGUAAGGCACAUCGUUUGAAUCAUGAACUGUCUAAAGCUUUGAAUGCAACCAAACCAGUUGAUUUGGAUGCUCUUAUCAAUGAAAAUAGAUAUCUGCAAGAAAGACUGCAGCAAUUGCUUGAGGAGAAAGAGCUCACACGUCAAUCUCUAUCAAAGUAUAAGUAA